AUGGCGUCGUCACCCCUGCGUCCAGUGACCUCACCAGGAAAGUCUCCAACCCGAGGCUUAGCGAGUCCAACGCACUUUCAAGCAUUUACGGAUAUUAAAUCCUCGUGUGGAGAACAAGUGGAUUCACGCAAAGCCACAGCACCCGUGACGGUCUUUGGUAGCGGAACUCGCCAACGUAUGGCAAGUGGUGCCAAGUCUCCUGGUCCUGGAUCGUAUCAGAUUCCUUCAUCAAUUGGUAAACCAGUGCUAUCAACAAUGACACAGGCUCCAUCUUGCUCUAUCAGUGGACGUGAGAAAUUUGGCUCAACCGCUGAUCUCAAUGCGUCUUCCAAAUUUCCAGGACCUGGUGAUUAUGCUGUGAAUAUUGUAAACCCACGUGAGCGAUUAGCUCCUAGUUACUCGCUUGGUAAGAAAUGGUCGCUUGUAGCCGGUGAGAAGAAAUUUCCAGGACCAGGGGCUUAUGAAACGCCUUCGACUAUUGGACGGACAUUUUUAUCGACACAGAAGUCCAAUCCCGUUUCCUCGUUUCCAAAGGUUGAGCGAAAGCCACUUCGUACAACGAGUGCAGCAGAUGUUGGACCUGGUCAGUAUGCGGUUGUUGUUGAAGCUGUUGGUCGUCAGGCAGUUUCAACAAUUUCGUCAGCAGCAGCAUUUUCGUUUGGAACGGAUUCACGCAGCAAGACGAGUCGACCUGCUUCGGAAUUGAAUGGAUCCAAAUACUACGAUCCUAGAAGUUCUGUUGGAACACAGGUUGAGUCUACUUACCGAUCAGCCCCCAAGUGCUCCAUGUCAGGUCGAACAAAGUUUGGAAGCUUUUUCUAA